AGGGAGAGAGAGAGAAGGCAUCAUUCCCUCCGUUAGCGCUCAGUGGGAGAUACGUGUAUUGUCUCCGCUCCUCUCCCUCCAAGUGAGGCAUUUCUAAGAGACCAACAACGGAAAAGAGAUUACUUUCACCAAAGAUUCAGACGCAUUUUGAAUGAAACGGGAGACUCAGCUACGCCUAGCUGGAUCUAUUCAGAACGCAAUUCCGUUAUCAUCACGCUGUGUGCUCCUGUGAUGGAAUACUUGUGAAUUAAAACAAAAACAAAACUUUUAUUUCUAUUUCUUGAAGAUUCGUUGAUUGUCCCUUGGUUUUCAAACUAUUCAUUAGUGUUUAGGUAUUCGUUGUGGAAGCAUGACAUCAGUGCACUGUGAGAGCUUGGUGGUGAUUCACGAUUUCAACGGCGGAAUAUCAACGGCACUUCCUCGUACGCUCUGUAUGAAAUUAGUUAUGAUUAGUAGCGUUUACAUUCUUCCUACAAUGGUUGGUGUUCUUUAUUGAAUAUCGACUCAAAUUCAAAAACCCGGAAUGGGUGUCCAAGCAACAAGCGACUGUGUGAACGGUACUCUGCUUCUCGGCAGUUGUGCGCACAUUUAGAAGGAACAAGGCAUUGGUAAAACCGGCGGUAGCCUUUACCGGAAUAAUCUGCACACCUUUCUCACCUGACAUUUUUUUUCUACACAUGGACUUACUUUGGACGUUGCAUCACCUUGAUUUCAUAGAAGUAUAAUACAAAAAAAAAGUGCCUCGGUGAAUCUGGUCUUUUUUUCUGAAUCGAAGUCGGAGGAGGUAGGAGGGAGAGAAAGAUAGAGAGAGACCAUGGCCAGGCUAAGGCAUGGUGGUGGUGUGGUUCUGCAACUGAACAAACCCUACUUUACAUGGCGUGUGUUGUGGGUGAUGAAAGCUCUAUUUGACCUUACAGCAUCGCAGGAAAUUUACGCACCACAUUCCAUAAGAAUGGAGGGAGACCUGACCCUUGGUGGUCUCUUCCCUGUGCACGCCCGGGGGAUCCCGGGGGAACCGUGUGGGGACAUCAAGAAAGAGAACGGGAUCCAUCGUCUCGAAGCUAUGAUGUACGCCUUGGACCAAAUCAACAGUGAUGACGAUCUUCUUCCCAAUGUCACCCUAGGUGCCCGGGUACUGGAUACGUGUUCGAGGGACACCUAUGCUCUCGAGCAGUCCCUGACUUUUGUGCAGGCACUCAUACAAAAAGACACUUCGGACGUGAGGUGUAUGAACGGUGAACCGCCAGUGUUCGUCAAGCCAGAGAAAGUUGUUGGAGUGAUAGGAGCUUCAGCAAGUUCUGUAUCGAUCAUGGUGGCGAACAUAUUACGUCUGUUUCAGAUUCCUCAGAUCAGCUAUGCCUCCACGGCCCCGGAGCUGAGCGAUGACCGACGAUAUGACUUCUUCUCUCGUGUGGUGCCCCCGGACUCUUUUCAAGCCCAAGCCAUGGUGGACAUAGUCAAGGCCAUGGGCUGGAACUACAUAUCUACCGUAGCAUCAGAAGGAUCCUAUGGAGAGAAGGGAGUGGAUACCUUCCAUCAGCUGUCCAGAGAAUCAGGUGGGAUCUGCAUCGCUCAGUCCUUAAAGAUCCCUCACAAUCACAAGCAGGAGAACUUCGACAAGAUCAUCAGGCUGCUUCUGGAGACUCGUUACGCCCGGGCAGUCGUCCUCUUCGCCUCAGAUGAGGACAUUCGGGGUAUCCUGAACGCCAGUAAGAGAGCUGACCAGGUGGGUCAUUUCCUGUGGAUCGGUUCAGACAGCUGGGGAGCCAAGAACAGCCCUGUCCAUCAGCUAGAGGAAGCAGCAGUGGGAGCUGUCACUAUCCUGCCAAAGAGAGCAACCAUUGCCGGGUUUGAUGCCUACUUCACAUCGCGGACGCUAGAGAACAACAGGAGAAACGUCUGGUUCGCAGAAUACUGGGAGGAGAAUUUCAACUGUAAACUGAUGAGCUCUUCCAAGAAGGAAGACACCAGCCGGAAAUGCACAGGCCAGGAGCGGAUCGGGACGGACUCUAAGUACGAGCAAGAGGGGAAGGUUCAGUUUGUGAUCGAUGCGGUGUACGCCAUGGCCCACGCCCUUCACAACAUGCAGAGAGACCUGUGUCCCGACGUCUCUGGGAUCUGUCCCGAUAUGGACUUGGCCGGCGGCAAGAAACUGCUCAAGUAUAUCCGCAGUGUCACCUUCAAUGGAAGUGCGGGGACGUCAGUGAAUUUCAACAGGAACGGUGAUGCUCCGGGACGUUACGACCUGUUCCAGUAUCAGAUCAACAACAACAGUUCCCCGGGAUACAAGCACAUUGGACAAUGGACAGAGACAUUACAGCUCAACAUUGAGGACAUGCAGUGGCCUAACGGACAGACAGAGAUUCCCAGCUCUGUGUGUAGUCUGCCCUGCAGGACAGGAGAGAGGAAGAAGGCAGUGAAAGGCAUGCCGUGUUGCUGGCACUGUGAGCCCUGUGAUGGCUACCAGUAUCAAUAUGAUGCAACAUCCUGCAAGCUGUGCUCCUACAACAUGAGGCCCAACCCCAACAGGACGGCAUGCCAGCCCAUCCCCAUCGUGAAGCUGGAGUGGCACUCCCCCUGGGCAGUGAUACCUGUCUUCCUCGCCAUGCUGGGCAUCAUCGCCACCAUCUUCGUCAUGGCAACCUUUGUCCGCUACAAUGACACACCCAUCGUGCGCGCGUCGGGCCGCGAGCUGAGCUACGUCCUUCUCACCGGGAUCUUCCUCUGUUACAUCAUCACCUUCCUCAUGAUUGCCAAGCCUGAUGUUGCCGUCUGUUCAUUCCGACGGAUCUUCCUAGGUCUCGGUAUGUGUAUUAGCUACGCGGCACUCCUCACCAAGACAAACCGUAUCUACCGCAUCUUCGAAGAGGGUAAGAGGUCGGUGACAGCACCCAGGCUGAUCAGCCCGACCUCCCAGCUGGCUAUAACCACUUGCCUGAUUGCCAUUCAGCUCCUGGGGGUGUUUAUCUGGUUCGGGGUGGACCCCCCCAACACCAUCAUCGACUACGACGAACAGAAAACCGUCAACCCCGACCAAGCCAGAGGAGUACUGAAAUGUGACAUCACCGACCUGCAGAUUAUAUGCUCGUUGGGUUAUAGCAUCCUACUCAUGGUCACGUGUACAGUGUACGCCAUCAAGACGCGGGGCGUCCCGGAGAGCUUUAACGAGGCUAAACCCAUUGGAUUCACCAUGUAUACCACUUGUAUAGUCUGGCUAGCCUUCAUACCCAUCUUCUUUGGGACAGCGCAGUCCGCAGAAAAGCUAUAUAUCCAGACCACCACCCUCUGUAUCUCUAUGAAUCUUAGUGCCUCGGUGGCCUUGGGGAUGCUUUACAUUCCUAAAGUCUAUGUCAUCAUCUUCCAUCCGGAGCUUAAUGUCCAGAAGAGGAAGAGGAGCUUCAAGGCGGUGGUGACGGCCGCGUCCCUGACCACACGCCUCUCACACAAGACCAGUGACAGGCCCAACGGAGAGGCCAAGACGGAACUGUGUGAAAACAUUGAUCCAAACAGUCCGGCAGCAAAGAAGAAAUAUGUGAGCUACAAUGAUAUUGUGAUCUAAGAGCCGUCAUCAGACAGAAGGGCAGGCUGGUUGGAGAUGCUUGGUCUCCCUGCCUCUCCUGCCCCAUUGGCAACAUAAAGGAAUUCCAAACUAUUUUUAUGUCCAUGCUGCUUUACUGCCCACUCACACCCCGGAACCCGCGGAAUCCCCCGGAACUCUGGAACUCCAGAACAACACAGUGACAAUGGGUGGGUUCUGGGUUCUAGAGCUUCCCUUUCAACCAGAGGAUUCUGUUUGGAUAACUGACGUUUUUUUCAUGGUGGAAUGGAAAAGAGGGAAAGCUUUAAGAAACAUUUUAAGAAAAUCAAGACGGACAUUUCUGAUGGGAGCAAAAUUAUUUACAAAAUAAUUAGUUUUGUUAAAUGGUUUUAGAGGGGGAAAAAAGAAGCAGAGAACUGGUUUGGACAAAAAACCUGUGUUCCUCCUCAGGAUUAGAGUGGGUCUCUGCAGACCCCUCAGAGCUGGCCCCCCACCCCCUAGAGGUGUGUCUCUACAGGUACGCUGGCUGCAGCAGGAGGACUACCUGUCCUGGAGGACUCACCUGUCCUGGAGGAUACACCUGUCCUGGAGGAUACACCUGUCCUGGAGGAUACACCUGUCCUGGAGGACUCACCUGUCCUGAAGGACCCACCUGUCCAGGAGGACUCACCUGUCCUGGAGGAUACACCUGUCCUGGAGGACUCACCUGUCCUGGAGGAUACACCUGUCCUGGAGGACUCACCUGUCCUGAAGGACCCACCUGUCCAGGAGGACUACCUGUCCUGGAGGACUCACCUGUCCUGGAAGACUCACCUGUACUGGAGGACUCACCUGUCCUGGAGGACUCACCUUUCCUGAAGGACUCACCUGUCCAGGAGGACUAUCUGUCCUGGAGGACUCAUCUGUCCUGGAGGACUCAUCUGUCCUGGAGGACUCACCUGUCCUGGAGGACUCACCUGUCCUGGAGGACUCACCUGUCCUGGAGGACUCACCUGUACCUGGAGGACUCACCUGUGCUGGAGGACUCACCUGUACUGGAGGACUCACCUGUACUUGACCUGCCUGUACCUGGAGGACUCACCUGUGCUGGAGGACUCACCUGUACUGGAGGACACACCUGUACUGGAGGACACACCUGUCCUGGAGGACUCACUUGUCCUGGAUGACUCAUCUGUCCUGGAGGACUCACCUGUACUUGACCUGCCUGUACCUGGAGGACACACCUGUACUGGAGGACUCACCUGUACCUGACCUGCCUGUACCUGCCAUGGGGCUGUUUCUUGUCUUUUAAUGUCCUUCCAAACUGCAAGUUUUCCAAAAUUCCUGUCAAAAAAAGUUUGUGGUUCUAUUGGCUACCUAUCCGUUACAUUUGUUGUAGAUUUUUUAAAGAUCUCAAUGUAUUUCCUCUUUGCUGCUUGGAUGCACAUUCAAUUAAAGCCAUAUUCUUGUCUCUGAGAUGUCAAGUAUUUUUUCACGUUUUCCAUUUGGCUGUAUGUGGGUCGACGAGAAAGACGUACAGUAUCUGAUUUUUACAUUCCCUUAUAUAUGUGUGUGGGGAGUUUUCUACAGACUGUUUUCAGUAUGUUGAACGGGUACAGUUCAUUAAUCAUCGACUGUGUUUUCAGUAUGUUGAACGGGUUCAGUUCAUUAACCAUCGACUGUGUUUUCAGUAUGUUGAACGGGUACAUUUCAUUAACCAUCGACUGUGUUUUCAGUGUGUUGAACGGGUACAGUUCAUCGACUGUGUUUUCAGUGUGUUGAACGGGUACAGUUCAUCGACUGUGUUUUCAGUGUGUUGAACGGGUACAGUUCAUUGACUGUGUUUUCAGUAUGUUGAACAGGUACAGUUCAUUGACCAUCAAUUGUGUUUUUAAAGUGACUAAAAGAGAGCUCCAGCGCCCAGUCAAGUCAAGGCUUUAUUAGCUUGAUAUAAAAACUAGAAUGACUCCAGUGGUUUUCAGAUUUUAAAACGGUUUCUGUCACCCGUGUAGAAGUUGUCGAUGCAUGCCUGCUAUGUUUGAUGUUAAGAUUAAGUCAAAAAAAUAUAUAUAAAAAUAAAAAAGAUGGAGAUUUCACAACACAUGAUUCACUAGCCUUGCUUUUAAUGGCAUAAAAGAUUACUAUUAUUAUUCAUAUUAUUAUAAUCCAUUUUUUUUUUUUUGGUUGACAUCUCGCUGAAGGUUAGAAUAUGGCUUUAAUUUCGUCUUGGAUUUUUCUUAAUGCCCUGCAACUAUGGAAAAAUUGUGGGGAAAAAUAACACGGAUAUAUAUUUAAAAACAAAACACACAAAAUAAAAAUAAAAAACAAGUCUGUUUUUAUACUGUUUGCACUAAGUAUAUUCACGUUGCCCUUGCUGCUUAUGUGCCAAUGUUGUGGGAGAUAAAAAAAAUAAUAUAUAUAUAUAUGUUUGACCACUCAUGCAACUUUUAUGUGGUGUUGUCCAAGAAUGUAUCAACAUGAAAUAAAACCAUUUGGUAUUUUUUUUUCUUUUAUAUUCCCUGAAAA